UUAUGUCUAGGCCCAAUAUUUGCAAAUGAGGCCUGUAGCAAUGCCACCUUCUAUGACUCCUCGUAUGCCUAUGUAUGCUCCUGGUGCACCUGGUAUGGGGCAGCAGCUAUUUUAUGGGCAAGCCCCUGCUAUUAUUCCUCCUCAGGCUGGCUUUGGUUAUCAGCAGCAGCUUGUUCCUGGACUACGUCCUGGGGGUGCUCCCGUGCCAUAUUCCUUUGUGCCACUAGUCCAACAGGGUCAGCAGGGCCAACGACCAGGUGGGAGACGAGGAGGUCCAGGGCAACAAAAUCAGCAACCUGUGCCAAUGAUGCAACAGCAGAUGAUACCAAGGGCAAGGAUGUAUAGGUACCCUGCUGGUCGUAAUGUGCCAGAUGCACCCAUUCCUGGUGUUGCUGGUGGAGUGCUUCCUGUUCCAUAUGACAUGGCUGGCAUACUUCCUCGCGAUGCUGCUAUUCCACAGCCUAUACCAAUUUCUGCUUUGGCUUCUUCCCUUGCAAAUGCAACACCUGAACAACAGAGGACGAUGUUGGGUGAGAACUUGUACCCACUUGUUGAUCAACUUGAGCACGAGCAUGCUGCGAAGGUUACAGGGAUGCUUCUGGAGAUGGACAAGACCGAGGUUCUUCAUUUGCUUGAGUCGCCUGAUGCUUUGAAAUCAAAGGUCUCCGAGGCAAUGGAUGUCCUGAGGAAUGUUCAGCAGGCUGGCAGCCCUGCCGACCAACUUGUUUUAUUGUCGCUCAACGACAACCUUGUUUCUUGAAAAUGAUGGUCUGAA